UCCUUGAACAGAACAUGCACGUGGCACGUGCUUCUAGUUGUCACCUGAGGUUGGCAGACAUGUCUCAACAGAUGUCAUUUAAAGAGCUGAUGAAGGUGUUAGGGCUGGGAGCCGUAGCUUUGGUUCUGGGGGUGGAGUGGCUAAACUGGCUGAUGCGGCGUCUGAGAGACUCUCGCGGGCCCCUGAAAGAAGUUCUGUUCUUCCCUUCACCUCAAGUCUGCGUUGAGCACCUCUUCAUACGCCAUAAACAUUUCCCCUGUGCAUGUCCCCUUCCCCAUGGGGUUGAGACGUCCUUCUCCAGGCUCCUCGUGCAUCUCCUCUCUGCACGUAUGUCACUGGACCUGUGUGUGUUCUCCUUCUCUCACAUGGAGCUGAGCAGGGCGAUUCUCCUGCUGCACAAAUGGGGAGUUGUUGUGCGAGUGGUUACGGACAGAGACUACAUGACCAUCACUGGAUCUCAGAUCGGUGCCCUCCGUAAGGCAGGCAUCUGUGUGAGGCAUGAGAUGAGCUCAGCUGUUCAUAUGCACCAUAAGUUUGCAUUGGUGGAUGGCAGGAAACUGAUCACUGGCUCCCUUAACUGGACCCUAACUGCAGUCCAGAGCAACAAAGAAAACGUCAUGGUCACGGAGGAGCCGGAGCUCAUGGGGCCCUAUCAGCAGGAGUUCCAGAAGCUGUGGGAGGCCAACGAUCCAGCCAAUCACAAACCUCAAUGCACUAAUGAGCAGCUAAAUAUAAAGACUUGUAAGGACGGAUAGGGCUUUACAUUUGCUUUUUUUUUUUUUGGUUUACAUUACAUAGUUCUACAUGAAGGAGUUCAUUUUAUUUGUCAAGAUUACUUUUUAGAAGUUGAAAGCUAGUUUUCUUUCUUCUGACUGUUUGUCCGACUCUUAAUGACAAUUUUCCAGUUUUUUAUGCAAAUGUGGGCUUGAAAGGUUAUUUAUUUCAAUUUGACUUAGUUCAGUUAAUAUAACUUUUUUAAGAUGUGCCCUAGUUUAAGUAAAAACUAGUUCAAGUAAACCCAUCUGCUAAAAUAAUAUCUCUGAUUAUAAAAAUCCAGUGUGUAAAGCAAGCUGAAACCUGUGAGUGUGCUUUUCAUAGCCGUGCCUUUGAUUGCUCAAUUCCUGAUGGCACUCGCCUUUUGUGUUCCUCUUUUGUGACUAGAAGAUUUUAGAUAAGCUUGUUUCUGUAUGUGCACCUGAAUAUUAAAUUUUUAAAAAAGGUAACAAAAAAGAGAAAUGAUAAAAAUAACUUCUUAUUUCCUGAGUUUAAUGUUGGGGUUUCCUUUUGAAUAAAGUUUAAA